AUGGCUUAUAAGUUAUCAGAAGGUUCUUUAGAGGUUAUUAUGAAUGGAGGGCAUUAUGAUAAACCAAUAAUGCAAGUACUAGGUAGCAAAAAAAUUCAAGGAAGUGGAGCUAAUGAAAGGUUCAGGCUAUUAGUAUCAGAUGGCAAACAUUCACACAGCUUUGCCAUGCUUGCGACACAAUUAAAUGAUAAAUUAAUAACCGGCGAACUAUCAGAUUACUCUGUUGUUCAGAUAGAUCGUUUUGUCACCUCUCUAUUGAAAAAUACAGGCAAAGGAGAAAAGCGAGUCAUGAUAAUAUUAGACAUCACUAUAGUAGCACCUGGUACCGAAGUUGGUAAAAAGCUGGGUAAUCCUCAAACAUGGACAGAGGAAUCAGCAGCAGCAAUACCAGCUCAACCAACCAUGCAAGCCAUACCUAAACACAACCCUGUCAUAUCGACACCUAGUGUUAAAACUUCACCAAAUCCAUCACUGGACUCCAGUAUGCUGUCAUCUCAGAUGACACAUCCAAUAGCAAGUCUAAGUCCCUACCAAAAUAAAUGGGUCAUAAAGGCAAGAGUAAUGAGCAAAUCUGCAAUCCGCACAUGGAGUAAUGCUCGGGGUGAAGGUAAACUAUUCAGUAUGGAUUUGUGCGAUGAGAGUGGAGAAAUCAGAGCCACUGCUUUUAAAAGUGAAUGUGAUAAAUUUUAUGAUUUAAUUCAGGUGGAUAAAGUUUAUUAUAUUAGCCGAUGUCAACUAAAGACUGCAAACAAACAAUUCACACAUCUGAAAAAUGAUUAUGAGAUGACAUUUAAUGCAGAUACAGUAGUUGCUGAAUGUAUGGAGGAUGUGGGAUCGGUUCCUACAAUCAAAUAUGAGUUUGUUCCAAUUAAUGAAAUAGCUAAUAGGAAUCCCGACACAUUGCUUGACUUGAUUGGUGUGUGCAAAUAUGCUGCUGAUAUACAAGAAUUAACAGCCAGGAGCACAGGAAAGCUUUUAAAGAAGAGAGAAGUGACACUUGUGGAUUCUUCGGGUGGUGCAAUCGCCCUCACACUUUGGGGUAGUGAAGCCGAAAAGUUUGAUGGUAGCACAAACCCAGUGAUAGCUGCAAAGGGUGCUCGAUUAACGGAAUUCAAUGGCAGUAAAUCGCUGUCUUGUUUGGCAAGCACCAUGAUCCGUUUGAAUCCCGAUUUACCAGAAGCACACAAACUAAGAGGCUGGUAUGACAACGGCGGAGCUGAUAUGGAGGUUGUUAACAUCUCUGCGAGGUCGGGCGCAGGGGGCGGCGCCGGCGGCGAGUGGCUGACGUUCGCCGAGGCGGAGGCGCGGCAGCUGGGCGCCGGCGAGAGGGGCGACUACUACAGCCUGCUGGGCGUGCUCACGUUCACGUACGCGGACAACGCCGUGUACAAGGCCUGUCCGCAGGAGCAGUGCAACAAGAAGCUGGUGGACCAGGAGAACGGCCUCUACCGCUGCGAGAAGUGCAACCGCGAGUACCCCAACUUCAAGUACCGGCUGCUGCUCGGCGCAAACGUGUCGGAUCCCACCGGCGACCAGCGUAUAACAGCAUUCAACGAGGCGGCGGAGGCGAUGUUGGGCAAAACGUCCGCCGAGAUCGGGCAGAUGUUCGAAUACGAUAAGGCCGCGUACAGCCAGAUAUUCGAGGAGGUCAAGUUCAAAACGUUCGUAUUCAAGUUCCGCACAAAGAUGGAGACAUACAGUGACGAGGCCCGAUUAAAGACAACCGUGAUGAACGCGCAGCCGGUCGAUUACAAAGAUGCCAACUCUCGGCUAUUAAAGAGCAUCAAGGCCUUAAGUGGUGUUGAAGUG